UUUGAGCCCCUCCUAUAAGCGAAGUUGAGUAUUUUCGCCACCUCUCUGCUGUCAAACACUCACAAAAAGUGCAGGCGAACAGUUCACACGGUCUGUAAGGGCGGAAUAUCGGAUUAACCCGCGUUGUGAGGUCGGUAGUUUUGUGUUUUUCAGCAUGCACUCAGACGCAGUGGAGAAAUCCGCGUCACCGAGAAAACGGAUCGUCUCGCGCGCGAUGAGCGAGGAAGAGUCUCUUCGACACAUAAUAGAGGCUGAAGAGUCACCCAAGCGCGUAACUCGCAGAGAAAACCGAUAUGGAUCUCUCAGGAGGGGAGACACAAGAGAAAGUCAGUGUGAAGAUGAGCCUGCAGAAAACACAUCCAUGAUGGAGCUGAAACAGAACUAUGAGAUGUGCUUAGCAGAGCUACAGAGCGUCGAGCUGCGGCAGGAGGUGUUGCUUUUCCAAGUAGAUUGUCUCCAGGAUGCCCUUGAGGGAGCUGAAGAGAUGCUUAUUGAGACCAAGAGGGAGGCUCAUCAAUACAGCAUGGAGCUGGAGCAUGAGAGGGAGCAUAGAAAGAAGUUGCAGGACACUGUUGCAUUGCUGAUUCAGGAGUUGGAGCGGAUAAAGGAGGAAAGGGUUUCAGUUCCACAUGAAAGUAUAAUACAAGACCAAAAGGAAGCUGGUGAUUUAACAGAUAAUCCUAAUCCUGCUGUCAAAGUGGAUGAAUGUGCACCUGAAGACACACAAUCAGUAGACACAUCUGCACAAUCUACAGGCUCUACAACCAGUUUGGCUAACUUUGCCUCUGCAGUAUAUCUGCUUUUCAAGCACAAAAGAGCUGAGCAAAAUUCCUGGAGACAGGCUGCUUUGCAAGGAACUUCAGUGGACGAAGAUGCUAAAGCAGCACGUGUGGUUGGGUCUGAAGAGGCCUCACUGAAGGAAAGCAACCAAAAUGCUCAGGAUGCUGAAGAUUAUGACGAGAGCAGUGGCUAUGAAGAUGCACCAUCAGAUUUCUCGCCUGGUUCCUCAACUCCUGAUGGGGCUUCCGAUGCAGCGUUGCCAGAAGAUGGUGAGAGUGAACUGAAGAAUGGCAAUGGGGCCAGAAAUUUGAAAGAACCAGAAGGCUGUCUCCUUUCUUAAACUGCAGAAGUGUGCAAUCUUUCUGAGACUGAUUUUAGUAUGAAUUUCUGUGAUUUUUUUUAAAUGGCUAGAGGGCAUUUUACAAUUAACUUUUAGUGAGAUAUUAUUUUUCAUAUUCAUUUUAUAUGUCCUUAGCAUUUUUACUGGCUGUUGUUUUUUUUUGUGUGAAAUCAGUGGGCUGGAUACCAGAAAUAAAAGAUUACCAAAACCUCAUUCUCCAGAAUUAGAAUGGGGAGUGAAUUUGUGGAUUUAGAAAUGCAAAAUCUACAACUGCCAACCGCUGCCCUCUUCCCCCAAACAUGGCCUUUACUUUUGUAACUAUUCCUUACAAAUUUUCUACUUAUUAAUUCUUACAUAUUUGUAACUUUAAGAUUGUGUUCAUAAUCAGCUAGACGUGUCAAUAUGAAAUCUUCACAUCACAAUAGUUACUUAUAAAAUGAUCACACUUUUUAAUAUUAUCACUAUACUGUAUUAAAGCAGCAUUUCCGUCCCAUUUAUUUACUAUAUUUAUCUCUCGCUUGGUGAACACAAUUAAGGAAAAUCUGCUGCCCUCUUUAACUUGUGUCCAAGAUUUAAGAACCUUAAAAGACGUCUGUCUUUACACUGCCUACUUAACGAGAUAAACUUCAUCCUAGGAGUGUUAAUGCUGCAUCGAAAUGCAAGAAACAUGGAAACUGAAAUCUAUGUUGAAAAGCUGAUGUUUAAACAAGGCAGAAAGAAUGGAUAUUUAUCUCGGGUAUCUUUAAAUAGUGAGCUAACACCAACCUGCAGUUAGCUCCAUAAAUAACCUAAUGAAUUAAAAAUGUAUAUUUUGCACAUUUAGAAUAGACAAUAUACUAUUUGUCCUGGCAAAAUCAUUUAUCAAGCUGCUUGAAUUACAAAGCAGGAAUGCUGGACAUAAUCAUUCAUCUUUAAUAACUAGUUUUUCCUGGUCAGACUGGUGGUAGAGCCAGACUUAUUCCAUGAAAGAAAGCACCCUGGAUGGGGUGUUGGUAGAUUGCAAGGCACUAUUUAUUCACAGGGGCAAUUAUUUGACACUGAGCAGCUCUUUGAAACUUUAUUGCUGUACAUUUACUUAAAAAGAAUAAUAAACCUAUGUUCAAGCAUGAAGUUCACAGUCAACAAUUAAGGCCUGAUACUAAAUACUGCCUGAAAAUGUUCUCCUUUAUGUAUAGCCUGAUUCAAUUAUAUGACUGAAUUUCCACUAAUUAUAUUGUGUGCUCGGUAUCACUGUUAAGCUCAUUGCUAGAGUGCUGGCUAAAAUGGUCAUUGACUUUAUUUUAUAAUAAGUAAGCAAGAGCAUGAACUUGUUUCACUUUACUUUCCUGAUACUGCGUGUUUUGACUGUCUUGCUUUACUUACUGCAUUUCCAGAAGCAUUUAGUAUUUUCUCAGGGUAGAUUUAGACACUGAUUUACAGAAAGCUGUUAUCUAGCCGGGCAAGAUCGGUACGUCUCUGAUACGUCAGGUGAAAUGGCUUGCAUGAUUUUAGUUACUUUAUAUCAGUUUAUCUUUUAGCAGGUUCAUCUGUGUGUCAGUGGAAUCUGAAUCAAUCAUUCUAACAUUUAAAGGACAUUGAUUUUGAUUAGCUGUUCAGCAUGUAGACUGUUAUUUCUUGCUUUAUAACAGAGCUUGUUAAUGAAGAAAAGACGCAUGCAUGUUUUCUCAAAGUUGUCAAAAACCUGCAUGGUAAAAAUGAACAAUAUCUGGCUGUAAAUAGUCUGUAAGUGUCUUAAUAUUCCCUUUGAAUGGUUACAUUCUUAUUUUUUUCCUAAUAUUUAGUAUUGUUACACCCCAUAAUCUAUCUAUUGAACUGAACAAGGUCUGACUGUGGUUCUCUGUUGAUGGCUUACUUUAUUUUGAAUGAGGAUAGUCAGAGGAUCUAGCAUUUCACUGCAUGUCGUACUCUGUAUGUAUGUGUAUGUGACAAAUAAAAUUUGAUUUGAUUUAAUGAUCUGUAAUGUGCACAAUUAGCAAUGUCCAAAACCUACUUUGAUAAGCUUUUGAGAAGAGAUAGAGAAAGUGUGAGAACUUUAACCAGAAUGUUCCUUAGAGCAGCUUUUCCAAGAUUAUGGCCUUUCAGUGUUUUGAAGGAAGAACAAUUCUUCAUAAUUAGAACCUGAACGUUCUGAACUGUACCUGAACAUCAAAUGCUUGGAUUUAAACUUUUGCACAACCACUGAACCCCCACGGCUCUUAAUUUUCAUGUGACUGAACAAUCUAUCAUUAAUAAUCAUACAUUCCUUUGAUAUUUUACAUAUAAAUGUCCUGUGCCUACUGUUUUUACCUGCACAUAUGCUGUCAUUUUUAUUCAAGAAUACUAUUGUGCUGAUGUUCUGUCAAAAAUAAAACUUUUUAUCACUA